CAUUCCCAUCUCAAGUUGGUCUAUGUUCUCUGGUUCCAUUCCCAUCUCAAGUUGGUCUAUGCUGUCUGGUUCCAUUCCCAUCUCAAGUUGGUCUAUGCUGUCUGGUUCCAUUCCCAUCUCAAGUUGGUCUAUGUUCUCUGGUUCCAUUCCCAUCUCAAGUUGGUCUAUGCUGUCUGGUUCCAUUCCCAUCUCAAGUUGGUCUAUGCUGUCUGGUUCCAUUCCCAUCUCAAGUUGGGCUAUGUUCUCUGGUUCCAUUCCCAUCUCAAGUUGGUCUAUGUUCUCUGGUUCUGUUCCCAUCUCAAGUUGGUCUAUGCGCUCUGGUUCCAUUCCCAUCUCAAGUUGGUCUAUGCUGUCUGGUUCCAUUCCCAUCUCAAGUUGGUUUAUGUUCUCUGGUUCCAUUCCCAUCUCAAGUUGCUCUAUGUUCUCUGGUUCCAUUCCCAUCUCAAGUUGGUCUAUGUUCUCUGGUUCCAUCCCCAUCUCAAGUUGGUCUAUGCUGUCUGGUUCCAUUCCCAUCUCAAGUUGGUCUAUGUUCUCUGGUUCCAUUCCCAUCUCAAGUUGGUCUAUGUUCUCUGGUUCCAUUCCCAUCUCAAGUUGGUCUAUGCUGGCUGGUUCAAUUCCCAUCUCAAGUUGGUCUAUGUUCUCUGGUUCCAUUCCCAUCUCAAGUUGGUCUAUGCUCUCUGGUUCCAUUCCCAUCUCAAGUUGGUCUAUGCUGUCUGGUUCCAUUCCCAUCUCAAGUUGGUCUAUGUUCUCUGGUUCCAUUCCCAUCUCAAGUUGGUCUAUGUUCUCUGGUUCCAUUCCCAUCUCAAGUUGGUCUAUGUUCUCUGGUUCCAUUCCCAUCUCAAGUUGGUCUAUGUGCUCUGGUUCCAUUCCCAUCUCAAGUUGGUCUAUGUUCUCUGGUUCCAUUCCCAUCUCAAGUUGGUCUAUGUUCUCUGGUUCUGUUCCCAUCUCAAGUUGGUCUAUGUUCUCUGGUUCCAUUCCCAUCUCAAGUUGGUCUAUGCUCUCUGGUUCUGUUCCGAUUUCACCGCGCGCGCAGGCAGGCGCGGGAUCUCGCGUUCGGAGAAGACAGCAGCCCCCGGCAUUCAGGACACAGCGGCCCGAGGAGGGAGACAGAGAAAGGGCAGAGAGUGAGAGACGGAGCACACAGGACAACCGAAGCGCUCGACCGAGCUGAACCCGAGCCGACCCAGUGCCGGCCUGGCCAGGGUCGCCAAAUCCCGGGGCGCCGGGGCGCCCGGCCGCCGCGGCUUCGUCCAGCAGCAGGGCUCCUCCACAUCAUCGUCACCAUCGUCGUCAGCAGCAGGGCCGCUGGCAUGGCCAAAUGGCUGAAGGAGCACUUGGGGCUGGGCGCAAAGCGCGCCCCGCCGCAGCCCCCCAAGCCCGACUACCGGCGCAAGACCUCGGCCGGUCCGGGGGUGGAGGUCGCCCUCCCCGGGCCGGCCCUGACCGGUGACCUCCUCCUGUCGGCCUACCGCGCGCAGAAGGACAAGGACUUCGAGGACCCCUACAGCGGACCCUGCUCCAGCGCCCUGCAGCGCAUCAAGAUGCAGGGCGAGCAGCAGCAGCAGCAGGAGGCGACUGACGCGGAGCAGCAGAUCGGGACUGCUUCACAGCAGCAGCAGCAGUCGCCGGCGGCAACUGCUGGUGGUGGUGGCAGCCAGCAGCAAGCGGACGUGAAGUUCUUGUCGCAGAAACAUCGUCUCAUCAAGGUGGAGAGCGCUGCUGCUGCUAACGCUGCUGCUGCUGCUGCGGCUGCUGCUGCCGCUGUGGCUGCUGCUGCGUCUGCUUCUGGCUCCGCGGGAGCCGCGGGCCCGCCAGGGAAGGCGCUGCGGAACGGCACGCGGGGGGGCAGUAGCGGGGGCAGCAGCGCGGGCAGCAGCGCGCAGGGGGGCAGCGGGGACGAUGGCGCGGCCAAGGGGAAGGACGACAAGGUGAUUAUCCUGGAGGAUUACGCCUACCCCUUUGAUGCCGAAAAAAAAUCCAAAGGGCAGAAGAAGGACGAGGCCGGCGCCGAGAACGACGGCUACAUGGAGCCUUACGAGGCGCAGAAGAUGAUUAAAGGUGCCAAGAAGCACAGCCUCAAGGACACGCCGCCGCGCCGGCUGCCCCUGUACGACACGCCCUACGAGCCGCGGGACGGCGCCCCAGCCAGCCCGGGGGCCGGCGGCGCCGUCGGCGGGGCGCCCGCACCGAGCUCCGGCGGGGUCGCCGGAGGCGCCGGCGGGGUCGCCGGAGGCGCCGGCGGGGUCGCCGGAGGCGCCGGCGGGGUCGCCGGAGGCGCCGGCGGGGGGGGCGGCGCCAACAACGGAGGCGGCAGCGGGGGCGCCAGCCCCGAAGGAGGGGGGCCCCGGGAGCCGCUCACGCCGACGUCCGUCCAGACCCCGCCGUCGGCGCCGCCGCCGCCGCCGCUUUCGGCUCCGGCUCAGUCGCCGGCGCGGGCCGCCUCCGCGCCGGCGCAGGGUCAGCCGGCCCAACCGCCGCAGCCGCAGGCGAGCCUGCCCGGAGACCCGCCGGGGGAGCGAGCGCUGCCCCAGGACGACGAGAGACCGGCGGACGAGUACGACCAGCCCUGGGAGUGGAACAAGGAGAGGAUCUCCAAGGCGUUUGCAGGGCGCCGGCGCUUGGAGGGCAAAGGUAAAAACCCGCGUGGGGCUUUUCUUUUGUUUUGCCGGCUUCGCCGCCGUCCAUUCUCCCGUCGGUCCCCGUUGGCACGCACGCGGGGCCGACCUGCCCCGCCUGUUUGUGGCGUUGCUCUGUCGCUGCUCGGAGGUGUUCGCCUAUCGACCGCGUCGCUUCCUGCUGUCGGCUCGCCCCGGCACCGUCGCCUCCGCUCGGCGUUGAUUGACGCCGCGCUCGUUCCUGUGUCUGGCGCGGUGGCUUGCGACGGCCGCGACGCAGUGCGGGAGGGCGCCCACCGCCGGGGUGAGCGCUCACCGCUCACCGUGGCGGCGGCGGCGCGACGGGAAGGCAACUCGAGCCGCGUUGCCAAGGUGAAGCGAGGAGAGAAGGAAGAGGAGGAGGCCGCAAUCCGUUCGGACACUUCUUACAACUUGGCGAGAGAGCGCGGCUCGUUUGGCCGCUCCGACGACCGCCGCGAGGUAACGGGACGGUCGAUACCGCCGGUCCCCGGAGCCGAGCGGCGGCGUGCACCGGUUGUGGACGGAGCGAGCCCCCCACCGGUGCCGCCCGGCUCACCACCGCGCCCCGAGUUGUGCCGCGCAAUUCGCUUCUCCCGCCGCCGACGCCGACGGCGCUGGCGGCCGCCUGUCCAGUUUGACGGCGUGGACAAGACGCGGUCGCCACCGGCCACCGGCGCGGACCGCGGGCGGCCGCCCCAGGGCCCCGAGGAGCGGCCGCGCAACCCCAGCGGUGGGAAGAAGGCCUCGCGACGACACAGCCCCCCCGAGCACGGCUCCUCGUCCUCCUCGUCCUCCUCCUCGUCCUCCUCCUCCUCCUCCUCCGGCGAGAGGGUGGACCCCGCCGUGCCGCUCGAGCGACAAGCCUGGUACCACGGCGCGAUCGGGCGGUCGGACGCCGAGGCCCUGCUGCGGCUGUGCCGGGAGUCGAGCUACCUGCUGCGGAACAGCGAGACGAGCAAGAACGACUUCUCCCUCUCCCUCAAGAGCAGCAAGGGGUUCAUGCACAUGAAGCUGUCGCGAACCAAAGAGAGCAAGUACAUCCUGGGCCAGAACAGCCUGCCCUUUGAAACCGUGCCAGAGGUCAUCCACUACUACACGAACCGCAAGCUGCCCAUCAAGGGUGCUGAGCACCUAUCCCUGCUCUACCCGGUCGCCGUGCGCACGCUCUGAGCCCCGGCGGGGCCGCUCCACAUCGACUAUCACGGCGCACGGGGACCUCCACCACCCACCCAGCGGAGGGUCAGCGGAGCGAGCGAGAGACGAACAACCCAGGGGCUGGGUUUUGGGACCAGUGGAGAGCGAGCGAGCGAGUGGUGGUCUAGAGCCCGGUGCACUCACAAAGAUGUUUAUACGGGGCGAUGCCCUCGCAAGGUCGCUCCUUCCGACCAGAGAAUUCCCCUCUCGUCGUCGCUCGAUUACGGAGCCAUGUGGCCGAACUUCCCAAUGUCACUUCCCGUGAAGUCACUUCCUGGUGGAAUGAGCGAACCACGGGGGCCCUGGCCCCACUUACCGUUGACUCCACACACAACACAAAAUAAUAACAUGGGGUUUGGUGUUUCACUUCAUUAGGUCAUAUUCCAGCAGAGGGUGUUCAAAUGCCUUGCGACUGAACGCCGAUCUCACAGCAUGUCUGGAAUGUCCACCGCCUGUUAUCUAAGGGUCAACAGCUGUCCUGCGACACGUGAGAUUUCCAAAUGGAUUCUUCGUCUCAUUGCACCGUGCCAAUAAUGUACUGGGAAUUAAACUGGGGGGGGGGAGGGGAGGGGGUGCGGGGAAACUAACGAAAAGAAACAUCAACACGCCAGUGAGCACACGGCCGGGAGCGCGGCGUCAAUCCCAGACUCGACGUCGCGGUGCCGUCGUCGCUAGCCGGCACAACUUGGAGUCUUUGUCGCGCUCUCGUCGGCCGAACCCGGCGGCCUUCGCCGGUGACGAGGAGCGCUCCGGCGUCUCCCCGUGACGGCGCAGGAGGCGCUACGAGCGCGGCGCCUCACGCCGAGGCUCGGGUUGCCGCCUCUGUGGGGGUUCAAAAGAAAAAGCGGCGACAUAUCACGGGAAGAAGAAUAUCUCGCACCGCCGGAGGAGGGUUGAGCACCACGCGCGUUGUGUGUUGAGUGAGUGGCGUAUUCGUGUUAUUGUUACACAACUGUCACACCAGCCGGGACUGUUCACGUCGGUGAAGACUCGCAGGCUUUCCCAGGACAGCGCAGGGCCGUGUGUCGGUGCGCGCGGCGUUAGCGAAACCCGACUCGACUGUUUUUUUGUUCAUUUUCAAAGCUCUCCCGAGAUUAACGACAGUUCGAUAUUUUUGUAAACUCGUGAACACACAAGAAAAGUGCGGUCGUUUUUGAGACGUUCGCCGCGCGUCUCUGCGUAACGGCCAGCACGUUCAGUCGAGCGGGCGCCUCCACUUGAACGUGUCGGGGAGAAGGGAAGGUCCGUGCUUCUUCAUCCGUGACGCGGCACAAGGAGUGGAACGAACGCGGCCGCCUGCGGGGGGCGGCCCGCGCGGGGGUGCUGGGGGUCGUUUCCCUCGUGCGCGCUGAAGAUUUUGAGUGACGCGGUCCGGUCGGGGGAGACCCCGAGCCGUGUCAAGGAUGGGCCUGAGCGAUCCGCUGAGUGGCUGUAGCCUUAACCCCGACCGGACCGCGGCGUUUUGACAGCGCGUCGCUUUCGUUCGCUACUCCGCGAAAGAAAAAACGACGACGCCGCGGUGCGCGUUCACGCCGACAUGUAUUGCCAAACUGUUACCAGAUGUGGUGACGAGCUCGUUGCCGCCGUGGGGUGGCGUGGGGGGGGGGGAGUGGAAGUGACCUGCCAGGCCAUCGACCGGGCUCGCUAGCCGCAACCCCCCCCCCACCGGCCCCCCUCCUCCCCCGGCGAUGACGGAGCGCUUCCACGUUGCCUUUAAGCGAUCACUUCGCCUCUCCCACGCACGCCGCGCUCGCCGCGAGCACCUCUCUGGAGUCGCGCCUUCGCAUAAAGAGCCGCACUCGCCAAACAGAUCCGAGCCCCUGUGGCUCUGCGUCCCAGCUCACCCAGGCCCACACCAGUGACCGGCAUCCUUAUAGGUUCUGGUCGAGACUGGCAACAGAAUACUUUCAAUUAGCCUUCACACAUAUAUAUUAGAACGCAGCGGUGUGCCGCGUACCGCUGCGACGUGUGCACGUGCUGGAGUGCGAGUACGUGGGCGUUACGAUACAAGGCCGCGGGCGUUAGAACGCGUUCUCGCCUAAGGGAAUAGAGGCUCCCUAAUUGGACUGGCUUGCCAGCUUGUGUUUUUUUUAAUAAUUGUCUUUGAUUUUUGUUGUUGUUGUUGCUUUAUUGGGCUGUGCCAAUCGUGUAUGCUGGUCAUUCAUACGCAGCACCUCGUGUCGCGGCAGGAGGUUGCUUUAUUUAUACGGAACGCGAGGGGCGGUUGGAGGGGUCGGGUCGAGGGAGGCAUCAUCUCUCCCGGCCGCGUUGCUCGAAACUCCCACGUUACUGGAAAGCCAAUUUUAAUGCAACUCGAGGGACAUAGUCGGCGCCACCGAUGCAUUUAGAGACGAAAAAUAAUUCGGCAUCAUCAUCAUCAUCGUCAGACACCAUUAACAAAAUAAGGAUCAAUAUAUCCAUGAUGGUAACGUUGACGAUGCUAAGUGUUUCUUGUUAUUUUGCUGCGCCCUACUUGUCCGUCGUGUGUGGUGGCAGUGAACAGCUGGGCCCUCUGCCUGGUUGUAUAAAUACGUUGGGCCACACGUUAUCAUCUUGGCGAACGUUCACCUUUUUCUUCACCAGAUUUUAAAUUGGCGAGUACUCGGCAACAGCUGCAUCGCCGACAAUGCAGCAAAUCGCCAAGGUGAUGCCACUUUCGUUUGUCAACAUCUAAACCCAGGCCCUUAAGUGACGCUUUUAUUUAAUUUUCUUCUUCCUGUGCCACUUUAAAUGACAAACUAAAGUGGAAUCCACUUAAAGUGUUUUAUGCAGCCACCCAGAGAGCCCUCGGCUCCACAGGGGGUCCUCUCCAUCAACACGUGGCAUCAGUGCAGCAGAGACAAAUGCCGUCUCUCAGAAAUAAAUAAAUAAAUUUCGGGGGGGGGGGGGUAACAGACCUGUGUUGGCAUCUGCUAGAUUCUCGCUCCAUCGUAUUUGCAGUUCAGAGCCAGCCCCGGCGGAGAGGGUAAUGUGUUGACCUUUUGAGCGUGCAGUGCCGCUGUGAGAUGUGAAAUAAAAUGGAAUGUUAAAUAAUUCAGUAUUGACUCGUGGCUCCCAGGUUGGGCAGGCCACCAACUCUGCCCCGGGUUUUCCAGUCUCGGCUGAUAACGCGUUCUGCUGGAUUAGUUGAGUCAUUGCAAUGUACUGACAGUGCUAGAUACCCAUAGACUCACGCGGAGACCCAUAGAUCUGGAAUGCGCUGGCAGUGGCUUCACCGCCAAUGCUUCCUCCACCAAAUGGAUGCACACAGCCCAUGCAGCUACUGAGAGCCCAGCACUGGUCCAUUGAUUAUCAUUGCGAUCAUCGUCAUCAUCUCACGGCGCUAUCUUCAAGUUACAGUUUGUCAGCUCGUCCAAAUGCACGAAUGAGCUGAGCCUGGAGCUUUUUCUCCUCGACCUGGAGGCAGGGGCUGCCACUGCCCGCAUCGACGUCCUGUCCCUGACCUCGCCCACUCCCGCUGGCUCUCGUUCGGAGGCCCGCAUCGAUGUCGCUAGCUACUUUUGCUGGACAAAAAAAAAGUAACUGAAACAACCAAUUAUGUAAUAGUUGUUUUAAGGAAAUAACGCAAUUUAAUGUUAUAUUAACGAGGAAGAUUGUAACGUGUUCUAUCACCACUGUUCUUGCGGUUUGUGCUGUGUGGCUCUCCGAGGCGUGUGCGGGUCAUCGCGCGGUGUUGUUUGGCACGACGUCCGACGUUUCGCUCCACGUGUUGGGAGCUUCAGUUCCUGAUGUCCGGCAUUUCGCCGCUUGCGCCAGGAGCUACUUCCGUGGAGCGAAACGUCGGACCUCGCGCCGGAUAGCGCGCGGUGCAUCCCGCCAACGCGCCGGAGAGCGAACCGCCUUUGAUUGUUUCGAAAGGUGACCCUGCGAGCGUGGAGGCGAGUGGGGAGACGCGUUGGACGUGCUGAGACCCACGUGGUGCGCGCCAGGGGUUCCACCCUUCCUGCUUGUGCCAGGGUCCGCGCCUCCGUUCGGUUAAAACAAAAACAAAAAAAAGCGUUGGGUCGGGUCGCGUUCCCAAGGCUCUUCCUGCCUCGCAGUGGGACAAUGGAGUGGCCAUGCCGAGCGGCAGGCCGGUCCGUCUGGCCAGGGGCAGGAUGUGUUCUCUCUCCACCGUGUUCUAUCUCCACCGUGUUCUAUCUCCACCGUGUUCUAUCUCCACCGUGUUCUAUCUCCACCGUGUUCUAUCUCCACCGUGAUCUAUCUCCACCGUGUUCUAUCUCCACCGUGUUCUAUCUCCACCGUGUUCUAUCUCUAUGCUGCAUCUCCACCGUGUUCUAUCUCCACCGUGUUCUAUCUCCACCGUGUUCUAUCUCCACCGUGAUCUAUCUCCACCGUGAUCUAUCUCUAUGCUGCGUCUCCACCGUGUUCUAUCUCCACCGUGUUCUAUCUCCACCGUGUUCUAUCUCCACCGUGUUCUAUCUCCACCGUGUUCUAUCUCUAUGCUGCAUCUCCACCGUGUUCUAUCUCCACCGUGUUCUAUCUCCACCGUGUUCUAUCUCCACCGUGAUCUAUCUCCACCGUGUUCUAUCUCUAUGCUGCAUCUCCACCGUGUUCUAUCUCCACCGUGUUCUAUCUCCACCGUGCUCUAUCUCCACCGUGUUCUAUCUCCACCGUGUUCUAUCUCCACCGUGUUCUAUCUCCACCGUGCUGCAUCUCCACCGUGUUCUAUCUCCACCGUGCUCUAUCUCCACCGUGUUCUAUCUCCACCGUGCUCUAUCUCCACCGUGUUCUAUCUCCACCGUGUUCUAUCUCCACCGUGCUCUAUCUCCACCGUGUUCUAUCUCUAUGCUGCAUCUCCACCGUGUUCUAUCUCCACCGUGUUCUAUCUCCACCGUGCUCUAUCUCCACCGUGUUCUAUCUCCACCGUGAUCUAUCUCCACCGUGUUCUAUCUCCACCGUGUUCUAUCUCCACCGUGUUCUAUCUCCACCGUGCUCUAUCUCCACCGUGUUCUAUCUCCACUGUGUUCUAUCUCCACCGUGAUCUAUCUCCACCGUGAUCUAUCUCCACCGUGUUCUAUCUCCACCGUGUUCUAUCUCCACCGUGAUCUAUCUCCACCGUGUUCUAUCUCCACCGUGUUCUAUCUCCACCGUGCUGCAUCUCCACCGUGUUCUAUCUCCACCGUGUUCUAUCUCCACCGUGUUCUAUCUCCACCGUGCUGCAUCUCCACCGUGUUCUAUCUCCACCGUGCUCUAUCUCCACCGUGUUCUAUCUCCACCGUGAUCUAUCUCCACCGUGUUCUAUCUCCACCGUGUUCUAUCUCCACCGUGUUCUAUCUCCACCGUGAUCUUUCUCCACCGUGUUCUAUCUCCACCGUGAUCUAUCUCCACCGUGAUCUAUCUCCACCGUGCUGCAUCUCCACCGUGCUCUAUCUCCACCGUGUUCUAUCUCCACCGUGUUCUAUCUCUAUGCUACAUCUCCACCGUGUUCUAUCUCCACCGUGCUCUAUCUCCACCGUGAUCUAUCUCCACCGUGUUCUAUCUCCACCGUGUUCUAUCUCCACCGUGAUCUUUCUCCACCGUGUUCUAUCUCCACCGUGUUCUAUCUCCACCGUGUUCUAUCUCCACCGUGUUCUAUCUCCACCGUGAUCUAUCUCCACCGUGAUCUAUCUCCACCGUGUUCUAUCUCCACCGUGUUCUAUCUCCACCGUGUUCUAUCUCCACCGUGUUCUAUCUCCACCGUGCUGCAUCUCCACCGUGUUCUAUCUCCACCGUGAUCUAUCUCCACCGUGUUCUAUCUCCACCGUGAUCUAUCUCCACCGUGUUCUAUCUCCACCGUGUUCUAUCUCCACCGUGCUGCAUCUCCACCGUGUUCUAUCUCCACCGUGCUCUAUCUCCACCGUGUUCUAUCUCCACCGUGAUCUAUCUCCACCCUUGCUCCAUCUCCACCGUGCUCUAUCUCCACCGUGCUGCAUCUCCACCGUGUUCUAUCUCCACCGUGAUCUAUCUCCACCGUGCUGCAUCUCCACCGUGUUCUAUCUCCACCGUGAUCUUUCUCCACCGUGUUCUAUCUCCACCGUGAUCUAUCUCCACCGUGAUCUAUCUCCACCGUGUUCUAUCUCCACCGUGUUCUAUCUCCACCGUGAUCUAUCUCCACCGUGUUCUAUCUCCACCGUGUUCUAUCUCCACCGUGUUCUAUCUCCACCGUGUUCUAUCUCCACCGUGCUGCAUCUCCACCGUGUUCUAUCUCCACCGUGAUCUAUCUCCACCGUGUUCUAUCUCCACCGUGUUCUAUCUCCACCGUGAUCUUUCUCCACCGUGUUCUAUCUCCACCGUGAUCUAUCUCCACCGUGUUCUAUCUCCACCGUGAUCUAUCUCCACCGUGAUCUAUCUCCACCCUUGCUCCAUCUCCACCGUGCUCUAUCUCCACCGUGCUGCAUCUCCACCGUGUUCUAUCUCCACCGUGAUCUAUCUCCACCGUGUUCUAUCUCCACCGUGAUUAUCUCCACCGUUGAACAAAAGCCUCCCGGCACUCCCCCACUCGGGUGCGGGGGAGAUGUCCAUCGGAGCCAACAAUGGGGUGGUGUUGAGGCGGCGGCUGUGUUGGGUGAGUGGGGCGAGUGGGCUGAGAUGUUUGGCAGCAUUCGUUGACGUGCCAAAGAGAACAUGACUCACUCGUUUUAUUUUAGUCUGCCCGCCCCCCACGGCCGCCCGCUCACGUGAACUAUAACGACGUCUGGGACCCGUCGCGGGAAUGUGGAAUUGCCCACCCACCACCCGCCGAGGAUUCCCAAUCGACACGAAUCCCACGGCAUGAUGGGGUUGCAGGGCUCUGAAUCAGUCCGGCGUCUGCGGCUCGCCGGUGACGACCGGCGCUAUAACCCUAAUGGUGUCGUUAAUUAAAUGUGCGGGCGCGUGCACAGCGACUUGGCUAGCCGCUUGGGGUGCGCUCUCCUUGCCUCGUGAUCCCUGCGACUAAAGCGCCCCCUGCAGCCGGCAAAGCGAGGCGGGCGACUCCACACAUAACGUUUCAUGUAACAUGGAAGAAUUACCAUUUGUUUGUCGAUGGGCACACAUCAUGGAUAGUGCUUGGGUGGAUGUUCACCGCACAUAACUGGUUGUUAUCGGCUGCAGGAAUGAUGUGAUGAGCUGCAACUGGCAGUGGAGCAACAUCGAUUGCUGUGUAGUAUGUCGUGGAGAGGUCCUCAUCCAGCAGUGGAUUGACAAAAAGGGCUGCACGUGUACAUUGUGAGUCUCGAGACGCUUACAGGAGAGUCCUGCAAUGGGCUGAAUGGCCAAUUUCCUCUCCAAGGAGAUAAUCGCUUCGUUGUGGGAGGAGACCGCAGAAGCUGGAGAGACUCCACGAGUCGUACGAAUAUUAAAAACACGCGGUUCGCCCAGAAGGGAUGCACACACCCACUGGCUGCACCGCUGACAUCUCCUGACCACCACCUCGCGGCCCAGCGGCUGUGUGGGAAGUUUUCACAAAUCUCUGGGUAACCCACCAACCCCCCUGCCUCCAAAGCGUCGGAUCAAGAUCACUCGGCGCUGCUCAUGGACACUGCGCUCCGAGUCAUCAGUGAAGACUCCGUCACGCGCAGCUCCUCGCGCGCGCACCCCUGAGAGCUGUUUGCGUCACAACAUCAAAGGGGACGCGAAGUUUGAGAGAACAAGGCGGCUCUUGUCUUGGAGCCACGCAGACGCGCUCUUGUGUGUCCCGGGCUGUACCGCACGCGUCUGGGUCCGCGCUGAGUGAUGUAAAGUUCAACACAACCUGGGGUUAGACUCGCCAUUGUUGAUAACGUCACCGACACGUCACUGCCACGCAUGGUGAUGGACAGUCGCUCCAAUGCGGUGAUGUAAAACAAAACUUAACAAAUUCGUGAAUGACACUGCGGCCUUCAAAGGAAAAUUAUGAAAUCGGCGACGUUUCGGGCAAUGGCCCUUCGUCAUAGCACACGAGUGAUGUCACUGGAGCGCUGCAGCGUUGCGUUGCUUGACCGUGACCUCCCAGUGUGUGCCCGUGGUUUUUUUUUCCAACCUCGUAUGGGACACCCAGGGACACGCAGGCGCGAUGUGUAGCUACAAGAGCUCUGUGCCGAGCUCACGUCUCACGCUCACGUCGCUGUCGAGAGCGCUACUACCAUGGCCGUGUGCCUUCACGAGCCAGCACUUAAACCGGUGCCACCUAAAGUUUAACUUCGUGUCGCCGAUGUUCGUGACGCCGGUUUCUUUAAAUUGCCAAUACAGGUGAAAUGUGGAUGUAGUGGUGGCGCGGUGGUUUGCUGACUGCGUAAUGAACCGGGUUUUCUGAGCUCCACACGCGGCCACGGCUGAUCGCAGUAAUAUCGGUGACGAGAGAUAUUUGAACCAGUUCUGUGCCGUCCCCUUGUCCCCCUUCACCAACCCACACUGACCAGCAUGGUGAAGUAUGGUCAAACGACCUCCGUACCACAUGGUUAGUGGACGCCUUCGGCCAGCAGUGAAAUAACCCACUUUGCAAAGGUUUAACGCAUAAUUCACGUUUAUUGGCGGUGUAAAGAGACUGGGUACUACGAAGCUUUAUCGGCCACAGGUGGGUGGGUGGUACUGAGACACGUGAGACGACCCCCUUGUGGGUGAUGUGAAGUGUGCGGGUUCCGUCGCGUGGCACUGAACUCUGCUUGAAUAACGACACAACAUUGUGAUAUCAAAUAAUAAUAUAAAAUAACAAAAAGCAUUAUGUCAUAUUUGUUGCUUUGCAAUCGUUACACGAUGUAAUUGAAUGAUGAAUUGCGUACAGAGCAGUAACCGAUUAAAUAUUAUACAUUGA